UCUUACACCCACCCCCUCCCCCCAAAAUGGUCAAAAUCGCCGUCGCAGGCGGCACCGGGAACGUCGCCACGACCCUUCUCGCGCCCCUCGCGUCCUCCCACUCCAUCACCGUGCUAACCCGCUCCUCCCCGCCAACCCCCAAAACCCCCGUUCCGGGCUUCCACUACAAAACGGUGGAUUACUCAGACCUCCCCGCCCUAACCGCCGCGCUGACCGGCUUCGACGCCUGCCUCUCCUUCCUAGUCGUGCACCUCGACCCCUCCAACGCCGCGCAGCGCGCCCUCAUCGCCGCGUGCCGCGCCGCGCGCGUGCGCCGCUUCGCGCCCGCGGAGUGGGGGCUGCGGCACGGCUCGGGCGUGGCGGCGUACGCGGGCAAGGACGCUUUGGCGGCGCACCUCGCAGACUUAAACGCGCGCGAAGGGGGGUUGGGAAUGCAGACCUGCGCGUUCCAGCCGAGCAUCUUCCUGGACUAUUUCGCGCAUCCGCAUGCGCCGGGGGGGCUGUUCACUUGGCCGUUUUUCGUGGAUUUCGGGGCGCGGAGGGCGAUUGUGUUGGAUGGGGGGGACCAGCCGUUAGUACUGACGGCGUCGGGGGAUGUAUCUAAGAUUCUCGAUCUCGCGCUGAGAGAUGAGCGGGUGUGGCCCGCUGUCGGCGGGGUGCAGGGGUGUCGGAUGACGACGAACGAGCUGCUUGCGCUGGGGCGGCGGAUCAGGGGCGGCGAGUGGGUGGUUGAGCAUGUCAAGGGCGAGGAUAUCAGGAGGGGGGUGCUGGAUGUCGAGUGGGUGCCGCAGGUGCAGCAUCCGAUUGUGCGGGACGAGGAGCGCGAGGAGUGGUCUAGGAUGUUUGUGCUUCAGUUCUUCGGCGCGAUUUUGGAGGGCGCGUGGGAGGUCGGGCGCGAGUGGAAUGAGAGGUUCCCUGAGGUGGAGUUUCAGGGGGUCGAGGAGUAUCUUACAAGAGCGUGGGCGGGGAAGCCGUAGUGUCUUGGAGGUGAGCUGGUGGUGGGAAGAGGUGGUGUAGAAGGCGUGGUGUAGAAGGCGUGGUGUAGAAGGCGUGGUGUAGAAGGCGUGGUGUAGAAGACGUAGUGUGGAAGCCGUGAUGUGGACUCCACAGUAUGAAACCCGCAGACGGAAAUUGAACAUCGUGACUUGUACAUGCUAGACCACAGCAUCAACACAGUACGAACUUAGACCUCAGUAAGAAACCUCACACUCCCUUAAACCCCACACCCCUAAAUCCCACACUCCCCUAAAUCCCACACUCCCCCUAAGCACCACCCUCCCGCUUAGCAUACUCCUCCUCCAUCCUCUCCUCAUACAACCUAUCAUUCUCCUUCUGCCGCUCCAUCUCCUCCCUCUUCGCCUCCGCAUCCGUCACAUCCUCGAUCCUGCCCGCACCUUCAAUUCUCCCCGCACCUCCCCCACCCCCGC